GCUUGGUACAUGGUCAUGGUUGAGCGAUUUAUAGAUUAUGAUGUUUAUCUGCUCCACUUUUUUCAGGUCUUUCUUAUCAUAAUACUUAUAUCAGUGUUUGUUUAAGCCUGACAUAUUAUAGCUCUUCUUCAUUUGAAAGCUAUAAGCAUAUAUUCACCAGUGACCUAGGUAAGGUUUAAGCAGAGACAUACCGUGGAUGUUAACAUGAUGGCGCGUCUCAUUCAGACACUGAGCGUUCUUUUCUGUGUGUUUGGGAAUGUUUAUACGGACAUAGGUUACUUUUGGCACAUCACUGACUUUCACUACGAUUUUACGUACUACGGGCGACAACUGUCGUGCAACCCAAACGCCAAACCGACGGAACCAGGGAAGUAUGGGGACUUCUGGUGUGACUCGCCCUGGGCACUUGUCAAUAGUUCCGUCCAGGCGAUGGCCAAACAUCGAGCUGACGUGGACUUCAUACUUUGGACAGGAGAUACAGUUCUUCAUACUGGCAACGAAAACUUGAACUACACGAUCAACGCUGACAUCCUAGAUAAUGUCACGGAAAUUAUAGACAACGUAAUGGGCUCCGUUCCUGUUUUUGCAACAUUCGGUAACCACGACUACUAUCCCAAUAACCAGUUUCCUCCAACCAACAACCUGCUGUACAACGAUACGUGGGACAGGUGGGGUGCCUGGAUAGGGGAUGUCACGCAGGAGGGGAACUUUAGGAAAGGAGCAUAUUACACAAAGAAGACGGACCAUGGUCUGAGGAUUGUGGCAUUAAACACAAAUCUGUACUAUACCUCGAACAAAGCGGUGUUGGGCUCGAACGAUCCGGGGGACCAGCUGUCCUGGCUAAAUCAAACACUAGCAGAAGCAAGACGAAACAACGAGCGGGUGCUGGUAACCGCCCACAUUCCUCCUGGCCCGCACACUCCGAGCGAUACUUGGUGGAUGCACGAGCAGUUCCACACACCCUUGGUUGAAACUCUACGACGUUACACAGACGUCAUUGUUGCCAUGCAUUUUGGCCAUGACCAUGCAGAUGGUUUCAAAGUACUGUCAGGUAACUCUGGUAACCAUAAAGCGCCUAUUUUCAUGGCCCCUUCUGUUACACCAUGGAGGUAUAUAAUCCCCAACGUAAUUGGCCCUGCACACAACCCUGGUAUACGGCUAGUGAAGUAUGAAAGAACUACGGGAAGACACCUCGACAUCCAGCAGUAUUACCUUGACUUGGAGAAUGCCAACAAUAACGGAUCAGAUAUCUGGGGACUCGAGUAUACAGCUACGAGUGCAUACGGAAUUGACGACUUAACGGCUGAAAGUCUUGAAAAAGCAAUCGAGAAAAUAAAGAAACCGGGAAGUGAGGAGUUCAACCGUUAUGUUCAUUUCCACGAUGUGAGUCCUCCUGUCCUCCUCAAGGAGGAAUGUGAUCAUAUCUGCCAUGGAGUUAUCGUUUGUGGAUUCACUCACUUUGAUGUUGAAGGCUACGAACAAUGCAAAACCGAUAUGACAUCUGGCGCUGGAAAGAUCAAUGUCAGCGUGAUGGCGUUUUUGUUGAUAUAUCAUUUACUUCGCUAUUUACAGUAACAUAAGCUGAACUCAUAUACAAUUGUUUUAUAGUCAUUGUACCAAAGGUAAAGAAAAAUACCGUCAUUAACUUGGAUAAUGCUUCCGCAUAAUCUGUUUACUUUAAGAUGCUUACAACCAGUGAUAGAUGACAAUGUUCAGUUUUCAAACUGAAAGUUAUUUUUCACAUCUGUAUAGUCUGGAUUUUGUUUUUAUUUAGUAAACAAUUUAGGUAAUGCUAGAUAUGAUGAGGCGUAUAUAGUUUUAAUUUUGCUUUUACUGGUACAUGUUUGAUCGAAUGUAAAGCUGAGCGCUGGAAAUCCAUUUUCCAUCUAAAACAACCACGGAUGAUUGUCGGUAAUCUGUAGAAGUAGUUCGUAAAAACUUAAAUAUUAUAAUUAAUUAAUUAAUUGUAUUGUUUUAACGUGUAUUUUGAAUUACUUAGUUCAAAAUUGAUUGCCAGUGAAAUGUUUUAUUGUAUAAAUAAAGAGUAAAGUCAUAAGGUUUAACUGCUAAAUUGAA